AUGACCAUCCCACAUACAUCUUGGCUCAAUAUGUUUCCAUAUCUACAACUCAGAGAUAACCUGAUUUUUCAUCAAAACGAGUUUAGCCACGUGGACUUUUGCAAUGACCUCUGGGGCGAGUUUUUCUUAUGGAAUUUUUCGGGAUACGAAUCCUCAUUCGCGGUUUGUCCACCCAGCUCCUCUGUGACAGAAAUCGGAAGUGAUUUGGAAUCGGAUGAUGUCGACCUUGCGUCUGGAAAACGGGGCUUGAUUGUUUGGGGGGAGCCUUGGGAUCUGAGCGGAUGGGAGGUGACUGAGGGGUUUGUGAGAAAGUGGUCGUGGUUACUUGAAGGUAUAUUGAUCUCUUUAUUUCUAGCAACUUCUGGAGAGCAAAGAGAGAUCUUGAACCGUUGGAGUAUCCCUUUUCAAAAGUUUUACGAGAGGGGAUUUGAAGACUUUCGCUGUUUCUAA